GUGUGUGGUGGUUCGUCGAUCUCCUGCUAGGUGCUAAGCUUAGCUCGCUCGCUGGCAACAACAAUGAAAGCCGCAACUGGCUCAUCAUCAGUCUCUCGCGCUCUUGCGUUGCUCUUGGCGGCGUGCCUUCUCUGGAAGGAAGCCGCGUGCUUCUCGGCGUCCGGGCUAAACAAGGCGUUCGCCACCUUCUAUGGCGGUAGCGACGCUUCAGGAACGAUGGGUGGGGCUUGUGGGUACGGCAACCUGUACUCGACGGGGUACGGCACGGACACGGCGGCGCUGAGCACGGCGCUCUUCAACGACGGCGCCUCGUGCGGGCAGUGCUACCGGAUCUCCUGCGACUACCAGGCGGACCCGCGGUUCUGCAUCCGCGGCACGUCGGUGACCAUCACCGCCACCAACCUGUGCCCUCCCAACUACGCGCUGCCCAACGACGACGGCGGCUGGUGCAACCCGCCGCGGCAGCACUUCGACAUGGCCGAGCCGGCCUGGCUCAAGAUCGGCAUCUACCGCGGCGGCAUCGUGCCCGUCAACUACCAAAGGGUGCCGUGUGUGAAGAAAGGCGGGGUGAGGUUCAGCAUCAACGGGCGCGACUACUUCGAGCUGGUGCUCAUCUCCAAUGUCGGCGGCUGCGGGUCCAUCCAGUCGGCGUCCAUCAAGGGGUCGCGCACCGGGUGGAUGGCCAUGUCCCGGAACUGGGGCGUCAACUGGCAGUCCAACGCGUACCUCAAUGGCCAGAGCCUGUCGUUCCAGGUCACCAGCAGCGACGGCCAGACCAAAACCUUCCCCGACGUCGCGCCCGCCAGCUGGGGGUUCGGUCAGACGUUUGCGACCUCGCAGCAGUUCUCUUAGUAUAGACACAUCUUUGUUUUCUGCCUCGUUCGCUUGUCGUUUAUAUAUAUGCCUCACUCGGCUCGGCCCUCGAUCAAUGCCUUGUAAAGUUUACCGGCCUUUGUUCAAAUGCCCCACCACCUGCCGCGAUGCAGGAGAUAUAUGAUAUAUAUGCUUUGACUUGUGCUUAA